AUGGCAUCAAGGCCUGCCAACAGUGGUGGGGUUGGAGUGGCCCCCAAGGGGGGCAUCAGUCAGCACCGGGUGGAGUCUCCGAUGAUCUUCCGAACCCUGCCCCCAGAGCCGGAGCCGGAGCCCGGGUGGCCUGAGAAGCUGAUGAGCACGAACCUGCUGCCCAGGUUUUUGGAAGAACACAACCAGGUGUUUGGGAGCAUCCAGAUCAUGAUUGGCCUGAUCCAUAUCGCCCUGGGGGUCAUCCUGGGGAAAAUGACACCUGGGGGCUAUGACUCCCUCUCUCUUCGAGGAGGAUAUCCAUUCUGGGGAGGCAUCUCGUUCAUCAUUUCAGGAUCCCUCUCUGUGCAUGUCGUAAAACACAUUACGCCGUAUAUGGUGAUCAUGAGUGUGGGGAUGAACGUGAUCAGUGCCAUCGUGACGAUGAUCGGUAUCAUUCUUUUCACCACAGAGCUGAUUGUCAAUGAUUCCGACCUGGUCUCCACACCCUGGGGAAAGAUUCCUGGGAGAGGAAUAUCGAUAAUCCUGCUGCUCUUUUCUGUCCUGGAGUUUGCAAUCACGUGCUUAGCCUCUCAUUUCGGACUUCUGCCGUGUACCUGCAACAGGAAUGAGGGGACUACAGUUAUUUCAAAUGCUCAUGCUGGCAAUCUUCCGGCUACAUCAGCGCCUCCUGAGCCAGUUUAUUCCAAUAUGGUGAACACUUUCACGCUGGGAGCACGAUGACGUGCUGCAGUUCUCCGACUUACGGCUAUCUGCAUCACCCAUUCCCUCCCAGUCCCGAGCCUCCGCUGGGGAAGAGCAGCUCAGUCUCCAGGGUCCCUGCGCGGGGCUCCCAG